AUGGCUGCUGCUGUCCCUCCAUCUCUGAUCCGUCUGGGCAUCAACGUCCUCGUCACUUUGACCAUUGUCAACACUUUCCCGCAAUACCUGCCCGACCAUGCUCUCCUCUACGUCUUUGUUCGUCUGCUGGCUCUACAGCUCAUCCUUCUCGCCAUCUGGAACUUGGCCAUAUAUCCCUUCUUCGUCUCGCCACUGAGACACUUGCCAGGCCCAGGUAUCAAGGGCACAUUCCCUUUCAUUGGCCAUGGCCUCACCCUGUUUGAGAAGCCUGCUGGGACCACUCACUUGAAAUGGAUGAAGACGAUCCCCAACGAAGGAUUAAUCCACUUCCGUGGCUUCUUUCACUCCGAUCGCCUGCUCGUCGUCAGUCCCAAAGCACUUCAGGAGAUUUUGGUCACCAAACCCUACGAAUUCGAGAAGCCUGCGCCGUUGCGGAACUUUUUGCGAUAUAUUCUGGGAGAUGGAUUAAUCAUUGUGGAAGGAGACUCGCACAAGUUCCUACGCAAGAAUCUCAUGCCCGUCUUUAGCUUUCGUCAUAUCAAGGAACUGUAUCCCAUCUUCUGGACCAAGUCGGUGCAGAUGAUGCAAGCUAUUAGCCAACAAGUCGUCGAGUCGCCCGAGUCUGCAGAUAGCAAGACGUCGAUUGUGGAAAUUAACCACUGGGCGACCAAAGUCACGGUCGACAUUAUUGGUCUGGCAGCAAUGGGUCAGGACUUUCAGGCACUGAAGAACAGCGACGAUCCACUGGUCAAGGUCUAUGAAGAGCUUCUGGAGCCUUCCUUUGAGAAACAAGUCUAUUUUGCCGGCCAGAUCCUAGGCCCAGCCAAGCUCAUUCGAAGUCUACCACUCCAGCUCAAUUAUCGUACCAAGCACAUCACCGAGACACUGACCAACAUUUGCCUCAAACUCAUUGCCGAAAAGAAGGAAAUGAUCAAGACGGAAUCCGAAAGUCACAAGGACAUUCUCUCCCUCUGCAUCCGAUCCAACAACUUCUCCGAUGUCCAACUCGUCGACCAACUCCUCACUUUUCUCGCCGCCGGCCACGAAACCACCUCUUCCGCUCUCACAUGGACCGCCUACCUCGUCGCCAAACACCCCGAAAUUCAAAAAUCCCUCUACGAAGAAAUCCACUCGACCCUCCCCUCUCCCAACCAAACCAUUUCCUCCGACUCCGACUCCGACCUCGCCUCCAAAUUCGAAUCCGCCCCUCUCCUCAACGGCGUCUGCAACGAAGCUCUCCGCCUCUACCCCACCGUCCCCAUCACAAUCCGCACAAACCCGCACCCCGUAACCCUCCUCAACCAACACAUUCCCUCUUCCACCCAAUUCAUCCUCUCCCCCUGGGCCAUCAACCGCAACCCCUCCUCCUGGGGCCCCGACGCCGACUCAUUCCGCCCUCAACGCUGGAUCGACACGGAUCCCACUACCGGCGAACCCCGAGCAAACAACCACGGAGGCGCGACGAGUAAUUACGACAUUUUGACAUUUUUGCACGGACCACGAAGUUGUAUUGGACAGGGGUUUGCUAAGGCGGAAUUGAGAUGUUUGGUUGCUGCGCUUGUGGGGAGGUUUGAAUUGGAACUUGCGAGGCCGGAUGAGGAGGUUGUGCCGCAUGGCGUGGUGACUACUAAGCCGAGAGAUGGAAUGUUUUUGAGGUUGAGGCCGAGGGGGGAGGGGUGGUGAGGAAUAGAGAGGGGGGAGUUAAGGGGGGUUUUUUGGAAAGGGUAAGGUAGGUAUUAUGUAUACGAG